AUGGAAAUUCAAUUCGACUUUGCAAAUCCCUGCAAAGAAGACAAGCAAGAAGGCACUAGUAGUGGGAUUGACUGUUGGCUUAAUGUUUUGGUUCGUGGGUUGGCACUACUUGGCUUUGUCUUGUGGAAGAAAAGAAUACCACAAGAAGAAGAUGAGGAGUUCACCCUUGAUAUGUCCAUGGACAAUGAAUUUGAGGCUGGUAUUGGGCCGAAGAAGUUUUCGUAUGGUGAAUUGUUUCAUGCAACAAAUAACUUCGCAGAGGAUCAAAAGCUUGGAGAGGGAGGAAUUGGUGGGGUUUAUAGAGGCUUUUUUAGGGAAUCCAAUUCCUAUGUUGUUGUGAAGAGGAUAUCAAACGGAUCAAAACAGAGAAGAAAGGAGUACGCAGCAGAAGUGAAGAUCAUCAGUCGUUUGAGGCAUAGAAAUUUGGUGCAACUAGUUGGUUGGUGUCAUAACAAAAGAGAACUCCUACUUGUUUCAGUUCAUAGAAAAUGGAAGCUUAGAUUACCAUCUAUUCAAAAAAAAAAAAACCUUGUUGACAUGGGUAAGAAGGAAUCAGAAUGUCUAAUCAUAAGCAAAGCAAACAAGGAAUCAGAUGUUUACAGUUUUGAAAUUGUGACAUUGGAAAUAGUUUGUGAAAGAAAACCCAUUGACCUGAAUGUCCCAAAAAGUCAAACGAGAAUGGUAGAGUGGGUUUGGGACCUCUAUGGUACCGGUAGGCUUCUUGACGAGGCAAUUGAUCCAAAGAUAUGGCCAUAUGUUGUUCAAGAAGAAAUGGAAUGCUUGAUGAUGGUUGGGCUUUGGUGUGCCCACCCGGAUCACAAUCUCCGACCUUCAAUUAAAAAAGCAAUUCAUGUGCUUAAUUUUGAAGCUUCAUUGCCCAUUUUGCCAACAAAAAUGCUUGUGGCAACAUACAUUACUCCUCUAGUGAAUCCUCAUUCUUUGGUUUCUUGUACCCAUGGCUCUAAUACUUUUUCUAAUAGUGGUCGAUUUUAG